CCCCCCGCCGCCCGGCUCGCAGAUGGCGCACUCGGCGUCCGCGGGGCCGCUGGGCGCGCUGGAGCCCGGCUGCCCCAUCCGCGUGGAGCACGACCGCCGGCGCCGCCAGUUCAGCGUCCGGCUCAACGGGUGCCAUGACCGGGCUGUCCUGCUCUACGAGUACGUGGGCAAGCGCACCGUGGACCUGCAGCACACCGAGGUCCCUGACGCCUACCGCGGCCGUGGCAUCGCCAAGCACCUCGCCAAGGCCGCAUUGGACUUCGUGGUGGAGGAGGACCUGAAGGCCCAUCUCACGUGCUGGUACAUCCAGAAAUACGUCAAAGAGAACCCCCUGCCACAGUACUUGGAGCGCCUGCAGCCGUAGCCCUGCCACGGAGCCGAGCGCUGAGCCCAGACCCUUGCUCAGGCCACCACCGGCCAGCCGGCGAGCUCUCAGGAAACCUGGUCCCACCGGGGACGGACUCGGAGUUCUUUUGUCAGGACGCUGCUCUGCAGGCCCUGGAGGCGGUGGCCGGCAUGGGCAUGCCCCCACCACUGUGGCCCGGGGCGGGGGCCUCGCUCCGCAGAGACACGGCAGAGCCCAGUGUGGCCCCAGUCAGGCCCCACCUGCGGCGAGCCCCCUGUCUGGGAGCGUGAGGACUGACUCGGCCCUGCCCCCCACCGGCCUACCAGGUCAGCCUCCUCCUCUCUGCAGCUUGGGAUGCCAUUCCCUGAGCCCAGAGGAGCAAUAAGAAACCUCGUGUGCCAACUUCACGGGGGCAGCGCGCCAGGCUGUGGCUGCCACCAGUGCUGUCCCGCCCCUUCCUCCAGCUCCUGUGCUCUGGAGCCCACAGCACACACACCCCCACCAUACACACACAUGCAUACCCAAGGGGGGGCGCACCCCUCUGUCCGCUCCAGGUCGCCCCCAACAGCCAGGAGCCAGUUCCAGGGGCAGCCUGUCACCAGUGUCCACCCUGCAGCUGAGCUCCCCCAGAGAGGACCCUCGGGACGGGGCUGGGGCUGGCUCCCCUUGGAAAGUGCCCUUGCCUCCCUGUGGCAGGACGCUGAGCAUCUGCAGAGCAUCUUUCUCUUUCGGGGUCAAGUUGAGGCGGGGCUUUUGUCACCUGUCUGGGCUCCGGGUGUCACCCCCGCUUCCGCCUCGCCUUCCUGGUGAGACCUGGGAAGUGUGCUAGCACCCCUUCAUCGGUGGCGCUGACCUUUCCGGGGGCCCUCCCUGGGGAGAGCUGGGGACCAGGGUCCUGGCAAAGCUUGUGAGGUGCGCCCUGCUGGUCUGGAGCUGGAGCUGCCUCGGGGCUGGGGGCUGGGGUGCUGGUUGCCCAGGCGGUGCCUCCUGUUCGUGCUGAGUCACCUUUCCGUUCACCUCUUUGUUCUUUCAACACUGACCCCACACCCCGAGGCAGGUCACGGGCCCCCACCCCAGACAUUGUGCACACGUUUUCCUGCCUCGGGCAGGGACACUGAGAGCCACACAGAUUGGGGCCUGGCCGGCUGCCUGCUGGGAGUGCCCCGGCCCAGUCACCCGGCAGCGUCACCCACCCCCUUCCUGUCCCAGCUCCUCUAGGCCUUCCCUGGCCUCUGGGAGCCGGGUGCCCUCCCACCCAUCCUCCCCACGGUGCUCCUCCGCUCUGUCGGCAAAGGGCUAUUGCAAGAUGCCAUAGAACCCCCGGGCCGUCCCUGUUGCUGGGAAACCUGGGACAGGAGGAAAUGGCUGGAAAGAGGUGAGUUCGCUGCCACGUCCCUUCCUAGGCUGGGGCUGCCCCAUUCCCGGUGCUGCUUGAGAAGAGAAUGAGUCAUAGACCCCAGACCCGGGCCCCCACUCCCGGCUAGCCCCCACCCCCCAACGUCCCCACUCCCGUCCCAAUCUGUCAGCUGUUCAUGCUGGCCCCAGGCAGAGCAGGGCGCAGUCCUGAGACCUCCCUGCUGCUCUGCUGCCGCGUGUCCCUGCGGGGCAAGUGACCCAGUGCCAGGAAGCCCUUGUGCAUGGGAAGACACCCUCAGCAGCGACAGGCCUACAGGCUGACCCCAAGUUAAGGCGGAGGGGAGCGUCCCACUUCUCUCCCCUGCACCUCUGGCCCUGCAAACUGUGUCUGGCCGCAGGUGCCCCCGCUCAGCCUAGCACGCGAACACAGUACUUGAACUCGAGGCACAGGGAACUCGGGGAUCCUGUGUGGCCCCAGGCCAACAGACAGCUCGUCCCCAGUUCCCGGGGGUGGCCCCCAGGCUCACCUCAGGCUGCCUUAAGACGCCUCCUCCUGCUCCAAGGCCUCGGCCACUGCAGGCCCCACUCCACUGCAGACGGCUGUCCAUCUGCGCCCCACAGCCUCGGUGCUACCCCGCCUGGUGUCCCCUCACCCUCCCGCUACUCCCCUCAGAGGGCCCAGGCCCUCCUGCCCCGUCCUGCUCCCUGAAUGUCCCUUCCUUGCCCCGUCAGGCUCAGUGGCAGCUCAUGUGCCUUUCCUACUCGGGACCUGUCAGCGUGGGGUCUGGGCCACGGUGGCCGUGCUAUUCCCCCACUGGGCUGCUGUGGGGAGUCCCCUCCCCCCACUGCCUGUUCUUCCCCACAUCAAUCCAAGUGACCGAAGGAGACUGAGGCCAGGGUGUGUGGCGGAAGUGGGCGUGGCAGCUGUCAUGUGUCCAUGGUGAGGGGCAUGCCAGGGGCCGUGGUCCUGGCCAUCCUGCCCAACCACGUCCUCUCCUCACAGCAUGACUCCUGCCACGGGCGCUGUCCACCUGCAAGGCUGCUGGGUGAUGUCACAGGGAAGAAGGGGUGGCAGCUCGUUAGGCCUGGUAUGAGGCAGGGGAUGCCCUGCACAGGUAGUGGGAGGCCCUGGAGCCCCACGGGGAUGAGCAUGGCAGGUAUGUGGGGUCCCAGUUCUUCGUCCUAGUUUUUCAGGUGCAAAGGACGGGGUGUCACCGCUGCAGUCCCCACCACAGGAAGGCAGCGGGCAGGGUCCACGCGGUUUUCCAUCCUCUCAGAGCGAUGCUGUGUCUGCGCGCAAGCACACACCUGGGCAUGUUGGGUGGUCUUGGGUCCUGGGCUGCCUUCCUACUCGCUGGAAGACAGAGUGGCCUCUGGCUCAAGAAUAGUGGCCGGUUGAGCGGGCAGUGCCAUGCACGCAGGGAAGUGGUGCCCAGAAUUGCCUGACCUCGGCGCACAUGCAGUUUCCUUUCUCGGCUCAGGCCUCUGGCCGGGUUCCAGUCCACACUCAUGUCCCCUUUGCUAUUCUCAGGGUCCCACUCCUUCUAAACCCCAUUUCCUGAAUUCCACAUGGGAGGUCCGGUGAGUCUGUGAAUCCAGUUAGUCACUCUGUGACCUGCGGGGUCCCGGGGAGGCCCCUCUCAGCAUCGUGGUGUCUCAGCCGCAGGGUAUUAAAGAGACUGGCUGCCGAGAC